GUUGGUGGCCAAAGGAGAAAAGAGAGUCGUUGGGGGAAGUGGAAGUACACUGACCCUUUUGGCGUUGCUUUCUUGAUGGAUCCAAGUAUUAGCUCUUUCCCAAGUAAGAAAGAAAGAAAAGUUGGCUUUUCCUCUCGGUGACGUGUCGGCCAUUCUCACUCCAUACCUUCCUUCCCCUUUCUUCUUUCUUCAGACUGAAAACGAAAGUUUAAACCAUAAAACAAGGUUCCUUUUUCUUAAUCACUGACCAAACCCCGUGAUUUUCGUCAUACUGUAAAACAUUCACGGUUCAUGACCUUAACAAGCACAACCUCCAACACCAAUUCAUUUUUGGCGGCGAGCUCUGAAACCACCUUUCCCUCUCAACGAUGCAAGUUUCAUCUUCAUCAAUGAACUCCUCAUGGUUUGGAACAUUCGCUCCCAACCGAUACCCACACGUUCGGUCCCUCCCUUCGGAACCGUGUUCCACCACAGCGGUUGCUGCUACCUCGUACUCACCUUGUACUAACGUUUUAUUCUCGCGUCCUGAUCCGACACGGUGUAAGAUUAAUAGUUCUCUCUCCUUUCUGGUGUCUCAAAGAAAAGGUUUUACUUUGACGUCGCUGGCACCAAUCGGUGUAGGCAGAAAGACGAAGAGGAGAAGAAGAGCGUUGAGUGUCUCUGCGGUGUUCGAGCGGUUCACGGAAAGAGCAAUAAAGGCUAUAGUGUUUUCCCAAAGGGAAGCGAAAGCUCUCGGCAGUGAAUUGGUUUACUCGCAGCAUCUUUUGCUGGGUCUCAUAGCCGAGGAGGAUCGUUCUCCUGAUGGUUUUCUUGCGUCUGGUGUCACCAUUGAGAAGGCACGUGAUGUUGUCCGCAGCAUUUGGCAUCAAAAUGAUUCGAGCUCUGGUGUCCCACGUGAUGGUGGUGGUGUUGAUGAUGAUAACAAAACCAGUGCCACCCAUGUCCCCUUUUCCAUUAGCGCAAAGCGAGUGUUUGAAGCGGCUGUUGAGUAUUCCAGGUCUCUGGGACACAAAUUCAUUGCCCCUGAGCACAUUGCCGUUGCUUUAGUCAAAGUAGAUGAUGGUAGUGCUAGUCGGGUCCUUUACAGAUUGGGUACAAAUGCAAGCCAGUUGGCGGCUGUGGCAUUCUCCAGACUACAAAAGGAGCUAGCUAAAGAUGGAAGAGAACCAAAUAUGGUGUCAAAGGGCGUAUAUAACAAAUCUAUUUCUAGAAAAGGUUCUGAUGCAGGAUCCUCUGCCACAACAGGAGAGGUGAGUGCUCUAUCACAAUUCUGUGUGGAUCUCACUGCUCGUGCAAGUGAUGGACUAAUUGAUCCAGUCAUUGGCCGAGAAGUUGAAGUUCAGAGAAUUGUUCAAAUAUUAUGCCGAAAAACAAAAAGCAACCCCAUUCUUCUGGGUGAAGCUGGCGUUGGAAAAACAGCUAUCGCGGAAGGGCUGGCACUUCGCAUUGCUCGGGCAGAUGUUGCUCCCUUUUUAUUGACAAAGCGCGUGAUGUCCUUGGAUGUAGCCUUGUUGAUGGCAGGUGCAAAAGAAAGAGGAGAGCUAGAGGAACGUGUUACAAAAUUAAUAAAAGACAUAAUAAAGUCAGGUGACGUCAUUCUCUUCAUUGAUGAAGUUCAUAUACUUGUUCAAUCAGGGACAAUUGGGAGAGGAAAUAAGGGGUCUGGCCUUGACAUAGCUAAUUUACUUAAACCUGCACUUGGAAGGGGUCAAUUUCAGUGUAUUGCAUCUACCACCAUAGAUGAAUACAGAAGUCAUUUUGAAAAAGACAAGGCAUUGGCACGACGGUUUCAACCUGUUUGGGUUGAUGAGCCGAGUGAGGAUGACGCAAUUGAGAUACUUAUGGGUCUACGUGAGAAAUAUGAGGCCCACCACAAAUGCAGAUAUACAGAAGAUGCUAUCAAGGCUGCAGUUGAUUUGUCAGCUAGAUACAUAGUUGAUAGGUAUCUACCUGAUAAAGCUAUUGACCUCAUAGAUGAAGCAGGAAGUAGAGCUUGUAUUCAAGCUUUUAAGAUGAAAAAGGAACAAGAAACUGGCAUCCUUUCUAAGUGCCCAGCUGAUUACUGGCAAGAAAUUAGAACUGUUCAGUCUAUGCAUGAAAUGGAGAGCAGGCUUAAAUACUAUGGUGCUUCUAGCAUUGAUGAUACCAAUGAACUCAUACUGGAUUCAUAUUUAUCUUCUACAGCCAAUGAUAAUGAACCUAUAGUAGUUGGGCCAGAUGAUAUAGCAGCAGUUGCUUCCCUCUGGUCAGGAAUUCCUGUUCAAAAGCUCACUGCUGAUCAAAGAACUCUUCUGUUAGAUCUUGAUAAUCAACUCCGGAAACGUGUGAUUGGACAAGAGGAGGCUGUCACUGCCAUUUCUAGAGCUGUGAAGAGGUCUCGGGUUGGUCUUAAGGAUCCCGAUAGACCCAUAGCUGCAAUGCUAUUCUGUGGCCCAACUGGGGUUGGGAAAACAGAACUUGCAAAAUCUUUGGCAGCAAGUUACUUUGGAUCGGAGGCAGCUAUGGUACGAUUAGACAUGAGUGAAUAUAUGGAACGACAUACAGUGAGCAAAUUGAUAGGAUCACCCCCAGGUUAUGUCGGAUAUGGAGAGGGUGGCAUUUUAACAGAAGCUAUUAGAAGAAAACCAUUUACCCUGUUAUUGCUUGAUGAAAUAGAGAAAGCACAUCCAGAUAUAUUCAACAUUCUUCUUCAAAUAUUAGAAGAUGGACAACUUACUGAUUCUCAGGGUAGAAGGGUUUCAUUUAAAAAUGCAUUGGUGGUGAUGACUUCAAACGUGGGGUCUAGUGCCAUUGCCAAGGGUGGCCACAAGUCCAUAGGAUUCUUGAUUUCAGAUGAAAAAUCAGCAUCAUACAAUGGCUUGAAAUCAAUGGUAAUUGAAGAACUGAGGUCAUAUUUUCGUCCAGAAUUGCUCAACAGGAUAGAUGAAGUCGUAGUCUUUCAACCCCUUGAAAAGUCACAGUUGCUCGAGAUAUUGGAUGUGCUGCUGCAAGACAUGAAGAAAAGGGUCUUGUCCCUUGGAAUUGAUGUAAAGGUGUCUGAAGCAGUCAAGAGCCUUGUGUGCCAGCAAGGCUAUAACCCAACAUAUGGUGCUCGGCCUCUCAAGAGGGCCAUUACAUCACUAAUUGAAGACCCAUUGAGUGAAGCAUUCCUUUCUGGAGAGUGCAAGCAAGGUGACACUGUCCUCAUUGAUUUGGAUGCUAAUGGUAACCCCUUUGUCACAAAUCAGCUCGAUCAGAUUGUCAACUUAUCUGACACAAGUCAUCCCUGUAAUUAGCUAUUGUACAGUAUCCGAAUAGGUAUACCCAUUUACUGAAAAAUGUUUUGUGUCGUCUUUGUUAGCUUAGGUAUUUGAUUCAUAUGUAAUGAGUAUACCACGUCAUUAACGAGCUUGGUAGCUCAUGAGAUGUCAAAUUUAUUAGAACUUUUGUCCCCACACACAUUGUAUUUAAAUUAAAUUCAUUUAUACAGUAACAUACUUUUAGCUGA